GGGCAGGUGGGACGCACAGGGAGUGGCUUUUGCCCUCCAGCCUGACAGUGUGGUUUUUUUGUGCCCGCUGGGCUUCCCUGCUGCUGAGUUCCUCUUCCUGUUGCCAUGUCUGUCAGGCCUGUGUGGGGCCACAUGCAGGGAUCGCUCGCUCAUGUAGCCUCGGCUGACCGCCUUGUGAGAGGCACACGUGGAGUCCGGCUUCCUACUCCAUGGGCCCGCGGGGGCUGGGAUCGGGGCAGAGCCCUGGUUCAGCAAGCUGCCGGUGUUGACCCAGCUUGAUCCCCGUGUGGCUGGCAAACAUGGCAAGGGUUGGAAGGUAGCGGGGCAGGGAUUGUGCCUGCUGGGGGUUGUACAGUGCCUAGCUCGCUGUCAGCGCUUUCCUGCUCUUGUCCGUCCAGGCUCCGGCAGUAACGGGGAUCAGUGUCUGAGGCAUGCAGGGCAGGGACUCACCCCAGCACAAGUGGGGCCUGCAAGACCCAGGAUGGGCUGGAGGCACAAUAUCCCGAAAGCACAGCCUGCCCCUGGGCUGAUCCAGGGAAGAGCUAACGGGGCUGACUCCUGCAGGGAAACAAAGCCCCAGGAUUCUGCUGCGAUGGGGACAAAAUACACAGAAGAGAUGACGAAGAAAGCAGAGGAGCUGGCCCUGAAGCUGGCUGAGGCCAUCGAGGGAGGGGACAAGGAGCUGGCACUGGAGUGCGCUGGCUGGCUGGCCGAGCAGCGGGCGCCCGUGACAGUGCAGGUGAAGCCAGAGGCCUACCCCAAAAAGGAAAUCAGCUUGUGGGUGGGAGUGGAGGACGCCCAGAUGACCACAGUCCCCAUCUACCUGAAAGUCAAUCCUCAUAUGACUUUGGCUUCUCUGAAGGACAUGGUAUUCCUCCUCUACGGCUUCCCACCCAGCGUUCAGCAGUGGGUGGUGGGCAAGAGGCUCCCCGGAGACCAGGAGACCCUGCACUACAAUGGCAUCCAGCGAGACGGCGACAUGGCCUAUCUCUACCUCAGGUCUGCCAAAGAGGCCAAGCUCAGCAAAGAGACAUUCCAGAAGGAGUGGGAGCGCCGAGUCCUGGCAGAAUUGGGCUUCAGCGACAUUCUCCUGCAGCCUCGCGGGAGCCAGGAACAGGUGGAUGCGGGGCUCGGAGGGGCGCAGGACAGCCUGUGCAUGGAGGAGCUGAGGCAUGAGCUCUUGCAGGCGGAAGCCGCCCCUCCCCCUGAACCCCCCAAGGUCGGCUGGGUCUGUCCGAGCUGCACCUAUGUCAACAAGCCCACCCGCCCCGGCUGCGAGAUCUGCUGCAAGGAGCGGCCUGAGGACUACAUGGUGCCCGUGGCUUACCAGCCGGACGAGGAGGAGCUGGCGAGGAUGAGGAAUGAGGAGGAAGCCAUGCGGCAGUACCAACAGGUGACAGAGCAGCAGAAGAUUGAGAACUACCAGCACCUCCUGCAGCUGGAUGGGCAGAGCCUGGUGCCCGCCGAUGAAGUGAUCGAAUGUCCCAUCUGCUUUGUGACCCUGCAGCCUGGAGAGGGGGUGACCCUGCGGGAGUGCCUGCACUCCUUCUGCAGGGACUGUCUGAAGGGGACGAUACUGAAUAGCCCGGAGCCCGAGGUGCCCUGUCCGUACAUCGACGAGAAGUACUCCUGCCCAGGACAGCUGCUGGAACGGGAGAUCAAAGCGCUCCUGAGCUCUGCUGAAUAUCAGCACUUCCUGGACCUGGGCGUCUCCAUCGCUGAGAACCGCAGCCGGUCCAGCUACCACUGCAAGACCACGGACUGCCGGGGCUGGUGCAUCUUCGAGGACGACGUGAACGAGUUUGCCUGCCCCGUGUGCCAGAAGGUGAACUGCCUGCUCUGCAAGGCCAUUCACGAGACCAUGAACUGCAAGGAGUAUCAGGACGACCUCAAGCUCCGGGCUCAGAACGACCAGGCUGCCAGGCAGACCACCGAGAUGCUGACAACGAUGGUCCAGAAAGGGGAGGCCAUGUACUGUCCUACCUGUAAGAUCGUUGUCCAGAAGAAGGAUGGCUGUGACUGGAUCCGCUGCACUGUCUGUCACACGGAGAUCUGCUGGGUGACCAAGGGGCCGCGCUGGGGAUCAGCGGGCCCGGGCGACACCAGUGGUGGCUGCCGCUGCAGGCUGAACGGCGUUCCUUGCCAUCCCCGCUGUCAGAACUGCCACUGAGCACGCAGGAGCCAAGAGGAAGGAUGGGGUGGCUGCUUUCUACGCAGUGCCCCAGCCCCGUUGGGGGGGAGCACAGCUCCCCUUGAGCCCCUGGCUACUCUCCCCACCACACCACCACAGCUGGGGGCUAGGCCUGUAGGUUUCUGGCUCCCAGAGCCCACCACAGACCCACGUCUCCGCUAGGGGAAGGACUGUGCAGAUCAGCAGCCGUGGGGCGAGCGGAGCGUUCCUGUUUCAUGUAUUGAAGGCGGACUUAGGAGAAGGCUGGGGGUUGACCUCCCCUGCUGGGAACCAAGUGCCCUGUGCAAGUUGUGGGGGGGGCCUACCUCAUGAGCUGCUCCCUUCAUGUGUCCCUCCGCAGCAGCUGUGUAGAAGAUGACCGGGCUGGGUUGGAACAGCAGGCUGGGAACACUCUGGCUCCUCUAGUUGAUGGGAGAUAGCAGGUACAUUAGUGGCCCUCAGGCCUGAAGGAGCCCUUCCUCAUCCCCUAGGGAAAACACAGUUCCCCCUAUCCUACAGGUCACCAGUGCAGCCUUAGCCAUUUUGCCAGCUAGUGAAAAAGGGUUUUGAUGCUCCUCAUCUCCCAAGUGGCCAAGCCAGAAAAAAGGUCCAGCCCAUCAGAGAGAAGCAACAUUGCUGAGUGCUCCAGGGGACUGCCUGGGCAACCACCCCUACACCUGGCUCGUUACAGCCUCCAUCCUGCCCGCUGCAGCCCAUUGGCACUUUAGUCAGCUGGUGCAGCAGGACCCAGCAACCUCCCAGCCCAGCUGGCGUGCACGAGGCAUGGCACGCUCCAGGGCACCGGGGACAGACCGGGCAGGUGUUGGUUCUUAGCAGGCAGCUUUCGUUGCCCUCCGCCUGGAUUUACAAUAAAGGGCUGCAACUUUUGGACCAGAA